AUGAGUGCCUGGAUGCAGCGGCGGUGCUUCAGCACAAAGCUUUUCAUGGCCCGGCUUGGGCCACUCUUGGGAAAGACAAGCAGUCGCUGGUGGCAAAGACUGGAGCGGAACUCGGUCACCGCAUCGAGAGGAGCCCAGAUUGGGGUCUCCGAGAUCCCGUCCUUUGCUCUGCGCCUGGAGUGGGAGGUGCUUGGGCCGGGGCCCGAGGUGGGCCCCAUCCAGGUAGUAGUGACCCCAAGAGGUCAACUCAGCCGCGAUGCUGCCAGACCCGUGGCCUCUGCCAUCGCUGACCGCGGCAAGCGCGUGCUGCUUUGGGAUCGCCGCUGCACGGGGGACUCCAGUGCUUGGGCGUCCUGCGACGAGUCCUUACCGGAACAGGAGGUGCAGGACCUGGCGUGUCUACUCGACAGUCUGGCCCCGCAAGAGAAGACUUCGGGAAGCGCCCGCGCCCCCGUGAGCCUGGUAGGUCUCAGCUCGGGUGCCAGGCUUUCUGCCUUGUUCGCUGCUCGCCACCCCCAACGCGUGUUGAGUCUAGCCCUUCUUCCGACGGGUGACUUCUAUGGUGCCGCCUCUGUUUUGGGCCGUGCCUACUAUGGUGACUGCGCCGACACGGCAGAAGCCGGUGGCAUGGAGGCGCUGGUCGAAGCAGAGGGCAGCCACUUUCAGGCCUUGGCCAAGACUUCGUCAAGGGCGCGUGACGAGCUCCUCGGUGCCGAUCCGAAAAACUUCAUCUUGGCCAUGCGCAGGUCACAAGCCUUCCUUGAAACCUUCAGGGGAAGCAACCUUGUGGGCCUUCACUCCCCGGAGCUCGCGAGGCUUCAAAGGCCAGCUCUGAUCCUGCACCACGGCCUGGAGGAUGAUCGACUUCAUGCUCUGGAAGAUGCAAUCGCCUUGUCCGAGCAGCUCCCUUCCGGAAGGCUCCUGGUGGAGCCAGAUGCCGGGAAGUUCAAGGAAGCUGUUGCAGACUUCCUGCAUCAAGUGCAUCAAACCUAG